CCGCGCAAAUUUUCCAUCACCCACAUGGCGCCAAGUAUAAAUCAUUAGAAGUUUCAAGUUUGUAUAUUUGGAUAAAUUUUACAAUCUUCUCAAUAAAGAAAUAAAAACGUUCAGAAAAGAGAGAAAAAUGAUUGAUAAUCAAAACAAUAAUGCGGAUUAUUUGCUGUCGUGUCCUGCCAAUGGAGAGGAAGAAGAUACCCAGAGCGCCAUUGAGAGGGCCACUUGCUCAUACAUUGACAAGUCCGAAAGAUUUUUGUUACAGGAAAGAAAUUUUAACAGGCAAUAUGCCCAAAUUUAUUCGGUCCGAUUAAUGGAAAUGAGAAAAAUGCUUGCUGCUGCCGCGAGACAGAAGUGGGAUCACUGUGAUGGCAGGGAAGGUAAAUUGGACAUAAGGAGAACUGUCAACCUAGUGAUUGGAGAAAAAUGCAUCAUGAUCGGAACUCUGUUUAAAAAGAUGGAGUUGAAACCCGUCAUACUAAAAGAACUCAGUGUCGAGAACAAUCUGAUACCUCAGCCUCCAAGGGUAAAAUAUAUUGAUGAAAGUGAUGAACUAAUCUUGGAAGAUGAAGCUCAAAGAGUGAGACUUAUUGGAGAGAUACCCUUUGAAAAACUAACCACAGGCAUAAACAUUGCUGUUCUUGGUCAUGAAGACAAGGACGGAAAGUUUGUCGUUGAGGAUUACUGUCUGAGUGGAUUGCCUUAUCAGGAAGAUAUAAAGCUUGAUCAAAUCUUAAUGGAUGGUGAGGAUAGAUUUGUGGCACUAGUAAGUGGCCUGAAUUUUGGAGGAGAAAGUCAAGAUUGUUUACAACUUCAAAUGUUUGUUGAUCUAUUGACUGGUCAACUUGGAAGCAUUCAGGAUCAGAACAAUUACGCCAAAGUUGUCCGAGUUAUAAUUGCUGGUAACUCUCUCAGUUCUUGUACGAGAAACAAAGAACACGAAUCAAAGGCAAAAUAUCUAACUCGUAACACUCAGGCUGCGAGUGUUGAAGCGAUGAAAAACCUGGAUGAUUGUUUGGCCCAGUUAGCAGCUUGUAUGCCAGUUGAUAUUAUGCCUGGAGAGUUUGAUCCUUGUAACUACGUGUGGCCACAACAACCACUGCACUCGUGUAUGUUUUCACGAGCUAAAGUCUACUCGACAUUCAAAAAUGUUCCAAACCCUUACGACGCUAUGGUAGCUGGAGUGAGGAUACUCGGAACAGACGGUCGAAAUAUCAAUGACAUUUACAGAUUUACCGGUCAAAACAGCAGGAUGGAUAUUCUCAAGUUAACUUUGGAAGGUGGUCACAUUGCCCCUACGGCACCAGAUACCUUAGGAAGUUACCCGUAUUACGAUAAAGACCCAUUCAUUAUCAAAGAAUGUCCUCACGUUUAUUUUGUUGCAAAUCAACCAGAGUUUGGCCAUGACAUCGUUACAGGAACUAAAGGCGGUAAAGUAACAAUUGUGAUGGUUCCGAGUUUUUCAGAAACAGGUUGCUGUGUGUUGCUAAAUCUACGAACUUUGGAAUGUCAACCCAUCAUGUUCUCGUCCAGCUUGGAACACGGAAAUAAAGUUGAAGCAAUGGAGACUUAGUUGACUUAGAAAACGCAAAAGCUAUACGUCAUUGUAACUACAACACACUUGUUAGACUGUUGCCACCAUUAACGAUGCAAAUUAUGUUAAUGUCCCUCAUGCAAUAGCUAUCAUUUCCAAAGAUAUCAAAGUGUCAAAGUUGAAGAUUUCGCUUUAAAAUAAGAUAAGAUUGAGUUACGAUUUCUGUUCAUUUGAAGGAGAAAAGCAUGCAAUAGCUAUCAUUUCCAAAGAUAUCAAAGUGUUUCACUUCAAAAUAAGAUAAGAUUUAGUUAAGAUAUUUUUUCAUUUGAAGGAGAAAAGCAUGCAAUAUAUCUUUAAAAAAAUCUUUAAACCAAAUAUAAAGCUAUACAUAUUAUUUCAAACCAUAUAAUUAUAAUGGUUUACAUGGAAGUACUGGGUUGCCAUAUGUUUCGAAAAUUUAUUUACAGUAUUCAUAACUAACAAAUAGUGACAUUUAUAUUGUACGUAAAUAUUCUUUAUUUA